AGGCACUUCCGCCCGCUAGAUGGCGGUAUAGCUAUAUUGUGUCGUACAGCCCUGCUGUCUUUGUGCAGAAGAGGAAGUCAAGAUGGCAGCCACUGUGAAGGGACCUGUUGCGGUUGAAGAUGUGAAUGUCACUUUUGAAGACCAGCAGAAGAUCAAUAAAUUUGCCAGAAACACAAGUCGGAUGACAGAACUCAAAAGUGAAAUAGAAGCAAAGAAAAAAUCACUGCAGAACUUACAGGAUGCCAGUGAUGACCUAAUGAUGUUAGACGACGACUCUCUGUUGAUCCCUUAUCAAAUUGGUGACGUCUUUAUCAGUCACACCCAGGAAGAAACACAAGAGAUGCUGGAGGCUGCAAAGGAAGCACUGGAGCAGGAAGUCAAGGGCCUUGAGGAACAAGUGUCAGCAAUACAGCAAGUGUUGGGGGAUCUGAAGGUCCAGCUUUAUGCCAAGUUUGGUAACAAUAUUAACCUGGAGGCAGAUGAAAGCUGAGCAGUGAAAUGGACAUUGAAGGCUGCCCCAGCAUGGACGUUUUCAUGCAGCUCUCGUAUCACAUCCACCGGACGUUUUGCCAAACAAAGCAUCAACAUGAACAGUUUAGGUUUGUAGCUUCUGGCUUCUGUUUCCACAGAUGAUGUAUGUGUUUAGCUUUGUUACAAAUUCACGAAGACAACAAAGGUAAAGAUUUGGAGAUAAAAUAAAUCUGCAUAAUUUCUAAUCUAUUUUAAUUGGCCCCUUAUUUAAUGCUCAUGUUUUUUACUCUGUUGAUAAAGCUGAAGUAAAAAUGAGGAAAGAAA